ACGAACAGGUCCUGAUGCACAAGUCACGGCAACCCUCGGCGGAGAUGAAGGCGGACUCCGACUGGCUCUGAUUUUUAAAAGCCCUUUUCAUUCAGGAGGUUGGUUGCCAAUGGUUAUCAAUAUGGCAGAGCCGUUAACCCAAGAACCCACCGCUGCAAAAAUGGCGUCACUUAACCGGGUCCGAGCUUUGGCCAUGAUUUUCUUAACUGUCACUGGCUGUUGUGUCACCCCGACAAGUGGCAAGGAAGGGUCCGAGGAGACCGUCAUCAUAGGGCUGCGACUGGAGGACACGGACGACAUUUCCUUUAUGGAUAGGGGGUACCUGCGGGUGAGUGAGCGGUCUCGGGUGAAAUUAAGAGUAUACGGGCAGAACAUCAACAACGAGACCUGGUCCAAAAUUGCUUUCACGGAACAUGAGCGGAGCCGGACGGAGGGGAGCCUUGACAGCUCCUCGGGGGAUAACCAGAGCCAAGAGGACUCGUCUGGCUUACAUCCCUGCGGUAUUAGGACUUCGGAUAUAAUUAUAUUACCAAACAUAAUUCUGAACCGUAAAACGUCCGGAAUAGUUGAAAUUGAGGUCAAACCUCUGCGAAAGACGGAGAGGAGUAAAGCCUAUUACCUUUGCAUCGCCACCGCGACACCGGCCGUUGCAGGGAUGCAUGACCCAUGGACGGAGAACACCUGGAUCUACCACGACGGGGAUGACACCAAAGUGAUAGUGGUGGAGGAGAAAAAGUUUCUGCUGCCUUUCUGGCUCCAGGUUAUUUUCAUCUCCAUGUUGCUUUGCUUGUCGGGUAUGUUCAGCGGCUUGAACCUGGGGCUUAUGGCUCUGGACCCCAUGGAGCUCCAGAUAGUGCAGAACUGCGGCACGGAAAGGGAGAAGAAUUACGCCAAAAAAAUAGAGCCUGUCAGGAGCCAAGGGAAUUACUUGCUUUGCUCGCUCUUGCUCGGGAACGUGUUGGUGAACACCACGCUAACUAUUCUGCUGGAUGAUAUCGCCGGUUCCGGGUUGAUAGCGGUGGUCAUGUCCACCAUAGGAAUAGUGAUUUUUGGAGAAAUCGUGCCACAGGCCAUUUGCUCCAGACACGGCCUCGCUGUCGGUGCAAACACCAUAUUUCUCACUAAGUUCUUCAUGCUGCUCACCUUCCCAGCAUCCUACCCGGUGAGCAAGCUGCUGGACUACCUUCUGGGACAGGAGAUAGGAACCGUGUACAACCGGGAGAAGCUUCUGGAGAUGCUGCGCGUUACGGACCCUUACAACGACCUGGUGAAGGAGGAGCUGAACAUCAUCCAGGGCGCGCUGGAGCUCAGGACUAAGACCGUGGAGGACGUGAUGACACCACUUAGAGAUUGCUUCAUGAUACCAGGGGAUGCCACCCUCGACUUUAACACCAUGUCAGAGAUCAUGAAGAGCGGCUACACGCGCAUCCCGGUCUACGAGGGCGAGAGGUCCAACAUAGUGGAUCUGCUGUUCGUUAAGGAUCUGGCGUUUGUGGACCCGGAUGACUGCACUCCACUCAAAACCAUCACAAAGUUUUACAGCCACCCGUUGCAUUUUGUGUUCAAUGACACAAAGCUGGAUGCAAUGCUGGAGGAGUUUAAAAAAGGUAAAUCCCACCUGGCCAUAGUUCAGAGGGUGAACAACGAGGGCGAGGGAGACCCUUUCUAUGAAGUGCUGGGUAUCGUCACCUUGGAGGACGUCAUUGAAGAAAUCAUAAAGUCAGAGAUCCUGGACGAGACUGACUUGUACACUGACAACAAGACGAAGAAGAAAAUCACCCAUCGGGAAAGGAAGCAGGAUUUCUCGGCCUUCAAGCCUACCGACAACGAAAUGAAGGUUAAAAUAUCACCUCAGCUUCUGCUGGCUACCCUACGUUUCCUAGCAACAGAGGUUGAACCAUUCGCUCCUGUGCAAAUGUCAGAGAGGAUUUUGCUGCGCCUGUUAAAACACCCUAACGUCAUCCAGGAGCUGAAGUACGAUGAGAAGAACAAGCGAGCGGCAGAGCACUACCUCUUCCACAGGAACAAACCUGUGGACUAUUUCAUCCUUGUACUGCAGGGGAGAGUGGAGGUGGAGGCAGGAAAAGAGGGGAUGAAGUUUGAAGCAGGACCGUUCUCCUUCUAUGGAAUGAUGGCGCUGACAGCUUCUCCAGUGCCUUUGUCGCUGUCUCGCACAUUUGUGGUCAGUAGAGCUGAAUCAUUGGCUGGCUCUCCAGAAAACAAAUCUCCUCCACGGCCAUUUGGGCUCAACCACUCGGACUCUCUGAACAGGAGUGAUCGUAUAGAUGCCAUCACCCCAACUCUUGGAAGUAGCAACAACCAGCUCAACUCCUUUCUGCAGAUCUACGUACCGGACUACUCAGUCAGGGCGCGCUCAGACCUGCAAUUUAUAAAGAUAACACGCCAGCAAUACCAGAACGCAGUAAUGGCAUCGCGUAUGGACAAAACGCCACAGUCAACAGACAGUGAGUUCACAAAAAUUGAGCUCACGCUGACAGAGCUACAUGAUGCAGUGGAGACCCCCACUGUUGUUACCACUACAGCCAGCACCACUAGCACCACUCCUGCUGUGUCAGUAGUCGUGGCAAAUGAAACGUCCCACCUGCUCAACCAGCAGCAGAACUGUGUGGGCCUCAGCAGGAGCAACCACAGCACCCACAACGAGGGACCCAUCUAGCCCCCGUUGAGCCUGGUGGAGACCCAGUUCCUCCACUCUGUCUCAUGGACACACACACGGAGCAGUGGUGAAGAUGGAGAUGAGGGAAAUUGGGGAAGCAGAGGCGGGGUGGAGUGAAGGUUCUACUCCAACCAGAAUCCCCAGUCAGUCAGUGAGACCCUUUCAUGGAGGGGCAGUGGGGAGGAUGGGUGCUGCGACACCCUGGACUCCCUCACAUGAACGCUGUCAGAAUCCCUGCUGUACUACACGUCUCUACAGAGGGUGCACUUGAACAGUUUCUGUGGCUGAGCUUCUUUUUGGGACACUUUCAUUGUGAUGACUUGGACCAGAGGACGACAGAGUGCAUGCAAGCCCUGUCCCUUUGCCCUACAUACACACAAACAAAGUCACCCAUGCACACACACACAACAGAGCAACACAGCUGCUGUAUUUCCUCCUCAGGCCAAAGACUUUGGUCCACCCUUUCUUAACUGGACAGAGGCUGUUUUUAUAGGCAUACACAAAAAUAUAUCUCAAAUAGUCACAUUCCCAUACACUGACACACACAAACAUGUAUUCAUCACCCCCACCUGUUCAUCUUUCAGGGAGGCUCAGUCGACUGUUGGUACCAUCAGCAAAGACACAAACCCAAACAAGCAGAGAGCGACGGUUGGUCAAAGACUGCACCAAAAACUGCUUUGAAAUAACUCCUUAAACCACGAACCAAGAAUGUUUUUCUGUAUUUAUUUAUUUUAUAAUAUUGUAUGUAUAUAUGUAUGCGUGAAGACAUGAUAUGAAAUAAAGUGGUAAACGAGCAUGCUCAAGCAUGUACACCAAGAUGUGCGUGGGGCACACGUCAUAUCAAAAAGGACAUGCUACAUAUAUGGAGACAAACAUCCAUUCUUGUAUAUGAGGUGGGGAGGGUUUUACAAAUACAGUAUGUAUAUUACAGAUCUUAUUAUUUUUACUAUUAUUCUAAAUCAGGCUUAUGGUACUCUAUCUUUUUCACCUUAAAACAAAUCACACUAUUGCCUUUAAGAGAAAUCGUUUAAUUAAUUAUUUUAACAAAGUGCAAUGAAAAGCAAUUUAUUUAAGAGAUGAUUAAGAAUAAAAGAAAUUACUGUAUUAUAAAUUGACAGAUAUAUUUGUAUGUACUGUAUGUAUAUGUAUAUUUGUUUUUAAAAUUGCUUAACAGCAGCCAUCCACAAGCAAAAGUGUCCUAAACCAGUCUUUCUUUCUCUUUCUCUUUCAUGUUUUUGCAUCCUUGACCUAAGAUACAAAGUCUAAUAAGAGUUCAUAUGGGAGACAAGAUGCCUGGACCAUUCACAAAAGUGAAGGAAGGCUUUCAGGUGUGAAUGUGUCAAUGUGGCAACUAUGCAUGUGGAGGUUAUGUCCUAUUCUUGUUUUGUUUUUUUUCUUUUUUUCAAUUUUACACAUAAUCAAACUUGAUAAUUGCACAGUAUUAAUGACCUCAUCUAAUAUGUUGAGCAUCAUCAACAUCACAAAAAGUAACCUCGACAUUAAACAUGUCCAUGAAUGAUACACAGCUAUGCUCUCCCACGGUUUGUGUGUCAACGUCCUUUUUUUCUUUCUUGCUUGUGUGUAACCUGCAUGUUUGUUUUGACAGAUGCUCCAGAGCAUUACGCUACUUCCAGACAGCAGUGAAUGUGAAAGAGACAAGACUUUGCUUGUUUUGGCCCCCCACACAAUAUAGACCAUAUUCUGUACUUUAUAAAUCUUGAAUUUAUUAUGAAUACAACUGAAAAUAUUCAUAAAUACUGGCUACUAUUAAAGUAAUAUUUAUUUUGAUAGGAUUUUAUCAAAGAACUGUAGCCUUUGCAUGCUUUCCACAAUUUCAAGAAAAAAGAGAAACAUUUGGCUCAAAAAAUUCUGUGCCACUCUGUCUCUAUUUUUAAAAUGCAGAUACAACUAGCAGCCUGUUAGCUUAGCCUAGCAUGAAACUGGUAACAGGGGAGACCCCUAGCUAGCUUAUCAAGGUUAUUAAUAACUCAAAUUACUCCACAAGUCCAUAUUUCAUGGCGGUGUUAUGGUCUGGCAAACUUAUUUUUGUACACUUUGUGUUUGCUGUAUGGUUCACUGUACCUUGUUAUGUCAUAAAUCCAAAAAGACUGGAUUUUACAGUUAGUUAUAGACUUAAUUUUAAGACUAAUCCAAGCCUAAUUUUCUUUUUUCUUUGUUGCCUUGUUUUUUUCUACUUCUUUUUUGAUUCAAUGACAGCAGUUAGAGUGCCUUAACUUUUUAAAAAUUAAAUUGUGUUGUUUCUCCCUGUUUUUUCAGUCUUUAUGCUGAGCAAGGCUACAGCUCCAUCUUUACAUUAUGUGCGCAGAUGUCAAACUAUUUUUAAGGUUUGUUUUUGUUUGUUUCUUUUUUUUUUUACUUUAGUACCUUCUUUGCCCUCGUUGUUUUACCUCACUAAGUCGUUAAAGCGUACUGAAGUACUGUAUGAGUGCUGAUUGUGUCCCCUGCAAAACUCUUCAUGCAAAAUAAUUCACUUAUAUCAAAGCUGUAGGGACAUAUAUUAUAGUUCAAUAACAAAAACAUGACAUUGAUUUAACCUUGAGACCUGUAUUUCCAUAGUACUGUAUAUGUACUUUAUGCUGGCAGUUCAUUGCCAUCAGAGGCUCCAAUGCCUUUCUUUUUUUUAACUCAAUUGCAGUUUGCAACCACUGGUGGUCGCUGUUUCCAAACUUAAACCAAUAUGCACAUGUCUGAAAACAGCACACAGACAAAAAGCCCCUCCAUCUGCUUAGCCUUAAGGGGAGUCUCUGUUGUGCAACCAGACACGGAAGAUGUGUACUUUGUUUGCAGCUGUGUUCACUGUUUUUCAUUGUUUACUUGAAAGUGCUCCUAUGCAGCAGGCCCGCUCUGCUCUGCAGGGACAAUCACUCCAGAGACAAAGCGCUGAAUGAUGAUCAGAUUGUAGAAGUCUGCUAGUGACUCUCAUACUCUGCCCUGCUUUACACAGUGCCUGGCGGGGAAUAAGAGGCAUGGUGACAUUUUUAAAGUCCAGGAAACACUGGGUGAAGCAUCAGCUGGGACUAAGUUAUUUCAAUAAUCUGUUAUACACCACUUACAUAGGGUUGUCACUAUUUGUUUCCCAAACUCUUUUAUCUUCCUCUGGGCACAUAUUCCUUUCAUUAUGUGAAUGCUUUGCAGGUCUGUUUAACUGCUCUUUUGUCAAUCCCAAUGCUGCUACUGUACAAAUGUGCUGUCCAUAAUUCUUCUUCUACCUGAAAACAACAUUCCCAUUGCCUCCACCAGCUGGUGGUUUAAUAAAAAAGUGAA